GACAGCUUCAGAUCUUUCGAACAAUCCAUCCCGCCAGCCAACAACCGCCAAAAUGGGUCGCGUCCGUACCAAGACAGUCAAGCGCUCCGCUAAGGUCAUCAUCGAGCGUUACUACCCCAAGUUGACCCUCGACUUCGAGACCAACAAGCGUAUCUGCGAUGAGAUCGCCAUUAUCGCUUCCAAGCGUCUUCGCAACAAGAUCGCUGGUUACACCACCCACCUUAUGAAGCGUAUUCAGCGUGGUCCCGUCCGCGGUAUCUCCUUCAAGCUCCAGGAGGAGGAGCGUGAGCGCAAGGACCAGUACGUCCCCGAGGUCUCCGCUCUCGACGUCUCCCAGACCGAGUCCGGUCAGCUCGACGUUGACGCCGACACCAAGGACCUUCUCAAGUCCAUGGGCUUCGACAACCUCAAGGUCAACGUCGUUGCCGUCACUCAGCAGCAGCAGGCUGAGCGCCCCCGCCGCUUCGGUCCCCGCUAAAUUC